CCCGCCCCUCCAUACCCAUGGUCUUACCUCCAAUAAUUUUCCUAAAAUUUUCACUUUCCCUCCGAUAUUAACUAAGUUUCCCUCGUUCUUCAAUUCGGUUUUCAAAAAUUAUCAUCAACACCUCCCCUAACCCUAAUUGAAUCACACACAUAGUUAUUUAUCAGCCACCAUCGGAGGAAAUAUGCACUUUCUCUUUUGAGAACUGUUUUUUUAUAUGCCAGAAGAGAUGAAAAGAUGAAGUAUUAAUUGGUAUGACCAGAUUCACUUCAGUAUGUUCCAUCUAUGCACAAAUGAUGGAUCCAAUAGUGACUCUAUUCGGAAGUGUUCACGAGAAACAGAACGAAACCGGAAGCAUGAUCUUCCCAAAUUUCGGAAGCAUGUUUCAUGGCGAUCAGCAUAAACCCGAUAACUGGGAUGUAGAGAGUAAUCACGAAAAUGGGAACUUAUCCGUGGACGAAACUAAUGAUAAUGUAAAAACCCCGUUGCUAUCGCUUAAUUCAACUAGUGUAGAUAAAGACAUGAUUGCUCCGGUUUCUAGGAGUAUGUUAAACACAGUUCAGCCUAGCGAGUCGAACAGUGUGAUAGGGAUUGGUGGUGGGUGGCAGUUGGCGUAUACGAAGACCGAAGACGGGAAGAAAGCGGGCGGGUUGCAGCGGAUUUACUUGCACCAGGAGGGUGGUGCAGAAUCCAGACGCGGGUCCAUUGCUUCACUCCCGGUUGCAGACGACGGUGACGGGGUUCGGGCCUCGGCUCUUGUUAGUAGAUCAGUUCUUUGUUUAGAUAAUACGAUGGGUCAGAACCCGAUUCAGUCGGGUCUGAUCAAGCCGCAACCGUCUACUAAAGAUGUGAGGAGUUGGGCUGAUCUUUCCAAGCUGGUAUUAAACAAGCAUUGAUUGUUGGUGUUGGGAUUCAAAUACUACAACAGGUGAAUCGUUAUGUUUCAGGUGUAUGGUAAUCAGGGUGAAAAAUAUUUUGAACUUACAGAACAAUAAUCUCACUGGUGAAUUUCCAACGUCUUUGGCAAAUUUAUCUUCUUUAGAGUCAUUAAAUAUGCAUAAUAACAAGCUCUCAGGAGAAAUACCUUUAAACAUGGAUAGUCGCUUAAAAAAAACAUUAUUUUAACCAUCCCGACCCGACCCGAAACCCGUUCUAACCCAAACCCGUUCCGACCCGAACCCGUUUUGACCCGAACGCCCGAACCAAAACAACACGUUUUUUAAUUAACCCGUUUUGACCCGAACCCGUUUUGACCCAUGACCCGACCCGACCCGACCCAACCCGUUUGCCAGGUCUAAUUUUGGCUAUGCGUUAUUCGAUUUGUGUUUAUGUAUGAACUUGGCGUCGCUGCGAAGGUGUGUCUUUUUUUUUUUUUUUUUUUUUUGCUUUCUAUUCUUAUAUUAUGGAUCUUUUUAAUGUUCAAUGGAUUUUUUGCAGCUACAUUUUGAUAUGUUGUUACUUGAUUGAUGUCUACUUGGUUGCCUUUCCGUAUAAUCUUAAUUUCCUUAUGUUUUAGGGUUUAUUGGUUCAUUUUUUCGCUGUUAGAAUUUGGGCUUCUACUAUUCUAGCUAUGGCUUAGUUUGGCCAGUUUCUUUCAUUGCAGUUCACCUAUACGAGUAACGCGAUGCUGGUAUGAAGCAGGUUGAAUACUUGAAUUGCUUAAAGUUCUUUUUUUAUAGUUUGAUUGUUAUGAGAUAUAUUAGCUAGUCUACCUACAACAAGCAUUGUAUAUUCGUUUGCUAUAUAUAUAAUGCACACAUGCAUUAUUCUAUUUAGUUGACUUGUAAAAAAGUUUGUUUUAAUUUUUGAACAUUUUUCUUUCCUAGACGUCAAAGAGUGACGAUAAAAGCAACCUCCUUUGUUUUGGGCGUUGCAUUAAUACAACAGGGAGCUACAACUGUACAUGUUGGCCAGGAUACAUCGGUGAUGCAAAAACACCAGAUGCUUGUCGACCAAUCUCUAAUGGUUCAAAAUUUCUAGUCAUGGUAUUCACAUUAGCUGCGUGGUUCUUUAUUAACAACAUCGGCCAUCGGCCAUGUUAAAACUUAAUUACUUAGUAAAUGGUCCAAUAUAGUUAGUGUUGUGCCUAUAUAUGUAUGUGUGUGUGACGUGACUUACGCCUAGCAGUAUCUAAAUGGAAAGAUUUUUAGUUUUUCA